AUGAUGUGCAGCUGUUUUUGGAUUAUUUAUGAGCAGGUGAUGAUUGCAGCGCUGGACUGCAGUCGGGAUGACUUGGCUCUGACCUGUCUACAGGAACUGAGGAAGCAGUUUCCAGAUAGCCACAGAGUGAAGCGAUUAUCGGGCAUGAGGCUGGAAGCUUUGGAAAGAUACGACGAGGCCAGCAAGCAUUACGAUGCCAUUCUCCAAGACGACCCCACCAACACGGUAAGAAAAGCAGAGAAAGAAAGGGAAAAGUCCCGCAGCUUAGCAGUUCUCCUUUGCAUCACUUUGUGGUCUCAGCUUUUUUGGAAGGCUUUAAAUCUGCAGAGGCACUUUGGUGUUAGCAGUAGGAUGACAUAUGCACAGCUGUAUCAAUCGGCUUACUGUUUUCCUUGUCGUGUCCGCAGCUAUGGAAAAGCCGCGUUUUGCCUGGAGGAGCUGAUGAUGACCAAUCCUCACAAUCACUUGUACUGUGAGCAGUACGCUGAGGUGAAAUACACUCAGGGGGGGCUGGAAAACCUGGAGCUGUCCAGAAAGUAUUUCGCCCAGGCGCUGAGGCUGAACAACCGAAACAUGAGGGCAUUGUUUGGUCUGUACAUGUCUGCAAGUCACAUCGCUGCUAGUCCAAAAGUUAGUGCCAAGGUGAAGAAGGACAAUAUGAAGUACGCCGCCUGGGCUGCCACUCAAAUAAACAGGGCCUAUAAGAUGGCUGGUCGCGGGACCAAGGAGAACAAAUGCUCCAUGAAGACGGUGGAGGAGAUGCUGGAGUCCAUGCAGAUCACCAUGUCCUAGACGCCCUUCCUCCUGCCCAGACUCGGAGCAACACGGCAACUCGGAUAGCCUUGCAAUGUGACCACCACCGGAUCUUUCUCUCUUUUCUUCUUCUAUUCCUUUUUUAGUAUGUAUCUGUAAUUGAUUGGACUUGACACGGACAAUGGAAGACAUUUGUUUCCCUCAAGUGCAACAAUUUCCCCCACGCAUCUGGAACAGCAAAUUCCAAGUACUCCAAUUUAUUUAAACAAGCUAUACUUAGUAUUAACUCUGUAAUUUUCCAUCCCCAUCCCAUGUUUUCUUUUAGGUUCUAUCUCUUAACUGAUGUAAUCACAUCAGGGUUUUUAAACUACGUGACCAUGUGUAAGAAGCUGUACAGUAAAAGCUAUUUAUGAAGACAAUGUGGAGUCCCACUUGUCUGCACUGAGGUCCUUUACUGUUUCCUGAGCUAUCUGUAAAUGAAACAUCUUUAUCUAAUGAAACUUGUUUUGUCUAAUCUAAUAAAAUGUCUUAAUAAAAGUAGAAAUGAUUGCCAAUA